GGGUAGCAGAGCGAGGGAAGGGGCACCGGCACCGCCGCGGUGUUUCCGUGCUGACCGGGGAGCCCGCUCGGCGGCAGUUCAUUGGAUUUCAUUCACUCGUGGCGGAGGAAAGGAAAGCCAAGGGCUCGGGCUUGCAGGGGAUUAGGACAGGUUCAUUCAGGGCUUCAUUGACAGAAAAAAGAGGAGACAGGGCAGGCUGGCUGCGGGCACGCAAGCACACCACACACACACACGCACAACACACACACACAUACACGCCAGGGCCAGUGCUGCUUCUCUCCCGUAGCUCCACCGCCGCCCGGCGCGGGGGAGGCGGCGGGGGGGCUGCGUGAUUCAUUUUCCUGGGGCGGAGGGAGAUAAGUUGUGCAGAGUUGGUGGGGUGCAGCCCGCCCGCCGAGCCAGCCGCAUGCCUCUGUGAGAGAGAGAGGCGCUUCCAGAGCACGGUCCGCUCCCCCGUCCUUCCUCAUGCUAGAUACGUUCAGACCCGUCCCUUUCGCGUCGGAAAUGGCGAUUAGUAAAUCGGUGGCGUGGCUGAACGAGCAGCUGGAGAUGGGCAAUGACCGGCUACUGCUGAUGGACUGUCGGCCGCAGGAGUUGUACGAGUCGUCCCACAUCGAGUCGGCCAUCAACGUGGCCAUUCCUGGCAUCAUGCUGCGGCGGCUGCAGAAGGGCAACCUACCCCUGCGGUCCCUCGUCGCAAGCAGCGAGGAGGACCGGGAGCGCUCGCCCGCCGGUGUAGGCACCGACACGGUAGUGCUGUACGAUGAGCACAUGCCGGCGACUGGAACUGAGAACACGGGCGGCGAGUCUGUGGGGCUGCUCCUCAAGCGCCUCAAAGAUGAAGGCUGCAAGGCAUUUUAUCUGGAAGGGGGCUUUUCCUCCCUCCAGGCCGAGUUCGCCUUGCACUGCGAAACUAACCUAGACAGUUCGUGUAGCGCAGCUCUCCCUCCUUUGCCAGUCCUGGGCUUGGGAGGCCUCCGAAUCAGCUCCGAUUCAUCAUCAGACGUUAACUCUGACAUUGACAGAGACCCCAAUAGCACCGACUCCGAUGGCAGCCCUCUCUCCAACAACCAAGCUUCCUUCCCGGUGGAAAUUUUACCCUACCUCUACUUAGGCUGUGCCAAGGACUCACUAAUUUGGACCGUUUUAGAAGAGUUCGGCCUUAAGUACAUCUUGAAUGUUACCCCUAUACCCAAUCUCUUUGAAAAUGCCGGUGAAUUCAAGUACAAACAAAUUCCGAUCUCUGACCACUGGAGCCAAAAUCUGUCUCAGUUCUUUCCUGAGGCCAUCUCCUUUAUAGAUGACGCACGGUGGAAGAACUGCGGUCUGGUGCAUUGCUUAGCAGGGAUCAGCCGCUCGGUCAUGACGGUGGCCUACCUCAUGCAGAAGCUGAACUUAUCCAUGAAUGAUGCCUCUGAUAUUGUCAAGAUGAAGAAGUCCAACAUUUCACCCAACUUCAACUUCAUGGGCCAGCUGCUGGACUUUGAAGAACUGGGACUGAGCAGCCCCUGUGACAACAGAGUGCCGAACCAGCAGCUGUACUUCACCACCGCUUCCAACCCGAACGUCUUCCAGGUGGAUUCCCUGCAGUCCACGUGACUCCUACCACCUCCCUUCUCCUGUCCGUUUUCAUGGGAUCACUCCUCAAUGGUUUCUCUUUGGCAGUGACAAAGGAAUGCAGCUUUCUCUUUUUUCUGGCCUCUGCUGUCAAAAAGCAGCUGCAGGCAAGGAAGGUUACACAGUAUGGAAUCGGGCUAUUGGAAGGGAGGGAUGUGGCAAGCUCUCUGAGCAGGACCACAGUGAGCAGGCAGCAGGUGGGCAGUGUGCUCAUCCCUGCUGUGCAGUGGCUUGGGUCUGAGGACUUCCAGGGGGAUAGGGGAGGCUGGACAGGCUGGGCACAUGUUCUCUGGUAGACUGGAAUGCUCCUGCCCUCUCUGCUCUCAGAUCUGUGACAUACAUCUUUGUCUUCAGUGAAGACUGGUUAUUUUUUGUUUUGUUUUAAUUAGAGGAGCCAAGAAAGAGAUUUCAGCUUAGUGUAUUUGGAGGACUUGUUUGCUGGGAGUUUGAUAGUAUUCUACUUGAUCAAUGUAAAUAUUUAACAUUAAAUCAAUUUGCAAUUUUUUUUUUAAUUCACAUUUAUUUGAAAAAUCAUCCAAGGGACACCUGUGUUUUGUGCUUUCCAUAAAUCCUGCUUUAUUUGUUGUUGUUGUUGGGUUUUUUAAUGGCAAAGAGUAUAUUUGGAGCAUGCUGGAUUUUAGUCUUCAGUUGAAGCAAGCUUUCCAUGAGGGAGAAAUGGCAAUGGUGAGAAGUUUGCAAAUUAUGUUUUGUGAGCAAGUAGAGUCUCUUCUUUCAUAUACUUUUUCUUGUGGUGAUUUUUUUUUUUUCUCAUGCUUUUGAUGUAGGUUCCACAUGAUACAUAAUAUAUAUUUUAAAUUAAAUUAAUUUUUUGCCUUACCUUUUGUAAAUAGAUCAUCUGGGAGGUGGUUGUCUUUGAAUGCGAAAGGAUUGUUGAUCACUUUUUAAAACUUUCAGAUGUGCUAAACAGUGCAUUACUCUGUACAAAUUCUUCAGGGAGCUUCACCUCAAAUGCAAUAUUUUGCGUCUUUUCUUUUUUUUUAAACAAAACUGGAAGUAUGUGCGAGCAUUUGUACCUGCGUGUACGCACAGUGAACCUGCACAUGGUUGCCAAUAAGGGAGAGUCUAAUUCACAGUGUAAAAGUUUUAAGAUGGAAUUUAUUAUAAGAAUGUAAAACCUUAAAUUAUUAAUAAAUAAAUAACUAUUUUUGGCUAUG